AUGUCGCACCGUCUGCACCCAGUACUCACAUUGAAGCUGCUGGGGCUGCACUCUCAAGUCCGGGCUUCUCAAGGGGAGCUGAACAACACAGCAUCACGUAACUCCACACAUCUCACUCAUGUGUUAGGUGAUGUGUGCGUGCUCACGCAUGUGCAUGCCUACAAACACACGAGUGAGAGGGGUAGUGGGAGACAGGCACUGCUGGUGCUGCUCACCAAGGUGACGCAGGUGCUGCUGAUACUGCUGCCACCCAGUGCUGGAGCUGCACCAGUGCAAGCGGCCAGCGCAUCAGGGAGAGCUGCUGCAGGCCCGGUGCUGCAGGGCUUCAGAGGGCAGCAGGGCGCACGGGGCGCACAGGGCAGCAGGGCGCACAGGGCAGCAGGGCGCGCGGGGCGCACAGGGCUGCAGGGCGCGCGGGGCGCACAGGGCAGCAGGGCAGCAGGGCGCACAGGGCUGCAGGGCAGCAGGGCGCGCGGGGCAAACAGGGCAGCAGGGCGCACAGGGCUGCAGGGCAGCAGGGCGCACAGGGCUGCAGGGCAGCAGGGCGCGCGGGCGCGCAGGGCUGCAGGGCGCGCAGGGCUGCAGUGCGCGCAGGGCGCGCAGGGCAACAGGACAGUAGGGCGCGCAGGGCGCGCAGGGCUGCAGGGCGCACGGGGCGCAGCAGGGCUGCAGGGCGCGCGGGGCGCGCAGGGCAGCAGCAAGGGCUGUAGCGGCAACAGCAAGGGCUGUAGCGGCAGCAGCAGGGCAGCAGGGCGCACAGGGCUGCAGGGCAGCAGGGCGCACAGGGCUGCAGGGCAGCAGGGCGUGCGGGGCGCGCAGGGCUGCAGGGCGCGCGGGGCGCACAGGGCUGCAGGGCGCGCGGGGCGCACAGGGCAGCAGGGCAGCAGGGCGCACAGGGCUGCAGGGCAGCAGGGCGCGCGGGGCAAACAGGGCAGCAGGGCGCACAGGGCUGCAGGGCAGCAGGGCGCACAGGGCUGCAGGGCAGCAGGGCGCGCGGGGCGCGCAGGGCUGCAGGACAGCAGGGCGCGCAGAGCGCGCAGGGCUGCAGGACGCGCGGGGCGCACAGGGCAGCAGGGCGCGCGGGGCGAAGAAGGGCUGCAGGGCGCGCGGGGCGCGCAGGGCAGCAGCAAGGGCUGUAGCGGCAACAGCAAGGGCUGUAGCGGCAGCAGCAGGGAAGCAGGGCGCACAGGGCUGCAGGGCAGCAGGGCGCACAGGGCUGCAGGGCAGCAGGGCGCGCAGGGCUGCAGGGCGCGCAUGGCGCGCAGGGCAGCAGGACAGCAGGGCGCGCAGGGCUGCAGAUCCCCUCCCCCCCACCGCUGCACCAGCAGCAGGGGGAUGGAGGAGAAGUGGGGGGGAGGGGGGGGGGGGGGGGGGGGGGGGGGGGCUGAUGCUGCAACUCCCCUCCCCCCACUGCUGCUGCAGAUCCCCUCCCCCCCACUGCUGCACCCGCAGCAGGGGUGGAGGAGAAAGGGGGGGGGGGGGGGGCGGGGGGGGGGGCUGGUGCUGCAGAUCCCCUCCUGCCUCCCUCUGAACCUCCAAGCUCCCCCCCACUCCCAACACAGGAUCCCCUCCCCCCCACUGCUGCACCCGCAGCAGGGGUGGAGGAGAAAGGGGGGGGGGGGGGGCGGGGGGGGGGCUGGUGCUGCAGAUCCCCUCCCCCCCACUGCUGCACCCGCAGCAGGGGUGGAGGAGAGAAAGGGGGGGGGGGGGGCUGGUGCUGCAGGUCCCCUCCCCCCACUGCCGCAUCCGCAGCAGGGGGAGAUAGGAGAAGGGGGGGGGGGGGGAGGUUGGUGCUGCAGAUCCCCUCCCCCCCCACUGCUGCACCCGCAGCAGGGGGGAGGUAGGAGAAGGGGCGGUGCAGGAGCCGCUCGGGCGACAGCAGGGGGGGGAGGGGGGGGAGGGGGGCGGGGGCGGAGCUGCGCGUGCGACUGUAGGGCACGCGGGCAGGAGGUACCCCCUCUUGCCACCCCCUCACCCACCAUGUUGCAACAGGGCACCGGGGCCGUGGGUAGGGGCGGCAGAUCGCGAGGGGCCAUGGCCAGGGGCGAGGAGGCCAUGGCUAGGGGCGACGGGGCCAAGGGGGCCUAG